AUGUCUACGAACCCCUUCCUUGCGCAGGCCGCGCAAGCUAAUCGCACAGAGAAAAGUGUGCAGAAUGAGGGACAUGCAAGCGUCCUAGAUGAUUUGGUGGGUCUCGACCUGAGCUCGCCCACUUUUUCGACGGCGUCCCAGGCGCACGUCCCUCACGCACUGGCCAGCCCCGACUCGGGCGCGCCGGCGGGCAUCCAUGCUCCGGUGCAAGAGUCUGGGUUUGGCGAGAGUGCGUCCCUGUUUGCAGGAGGUACCUACCGCUCGCCCGUGUCGAAGCAGGCGCCGCUUCCCGAGCAGUCGCCGCAGGAGACGCAGUACGAGACGGGGGGCAGCUCAGCGUAUGCGAGCAAGGAACCGGCGGCGAACACGGGCACGCCGUAUGCUACGGGAACACAAUACACUACGACCGCUGCGCCCAAGAACCCUUUCCUGGCCUCGGCAUCGUAUCAGGAGCCGUCGGCUCCGGUGUCGUCGUAUGAAUCGUCGGCUCCCGCCGCAUACGAGUCAUCGGCGCCCGCCACGUCGUACGAGACGCCGGCGCCUGCCACGUCGUACAUGGCCCCGGCUAGUUCGGCGUAUACCACGUCGGCACCCACGUCGUACACGACGCCUGCGCCUACGUCGUACGCGACGACGUCCGUGCCGACUUCGUCGAAUGCUCCCGCGAGUGGCUUGGGCUUGUACAGUGCCCAAGAUGCCCCCUCGUACGCGGCUCGCGACGUUCCUGCUGCCCCGCAGGGCACAUCCUCGUACGCUACGCAAGAUGCGCCUGCGCUGAGCUACCUUGCGCCUGCGGCCGGUGUGACGACCGGUGCGGCGACCGCCACCGCGGCCACGGCCGCGACCGAGUCUACGCCGAGUGCCCCCGCCCAGAAUCAGGACCAGAUCGAUGCCGAUGCUGAGAUCGCGCGUGCGCUUGCACAGGAAGGCUCUGCCGACGAAGUGCAGUGGUCGCUCAAGGACCUGUCGUGGAAUGGCCGGAAUACCAAGAUCAUCAUGCAGAACGAAAAUGGCCCGUGCUCGUUGAUUGCCCUGUGUAAUGUGCUACUGCUCGAGGGCCGGCUAGAAAUUACGCCUGCGGACCGCCCUGCGGUGUCCUACUCCUACCUCUCUUCGAAGCUGACGGAGCUGCUCCUGGCUCAGAACGUCGGCAACAACGCGUCGCAGCUCGGUGCUGCGCUCCGUGUCCUUCCUUCUUUGCAGCGUGGCCUUGACGUGGACAUUGGCUUUGACGCGCCGACACACUUUGUUUCUGACAGCAGCGGUGCCGACGCCCUUGCGCUUUUCCGCCUGGCCGGCGUGUCUUUGGUGCACGGCUGGCUUCCGGACCCCAGUGAGCAGCCGAUGUACUCGGCGGUGCAGCAGGCAGGGAGCUACAAUGGUGCGACACUGGCCGUGGCGAAUGGCGACGCGCAGACUAACGGCCAUGUGAUUUCCUCGUCGAGCAACCCAUUCGGCACGGCCUCUGCGUCGUCCGGUGCCGAGCAGGCUGCGCUCGUGCAAGAGUUCCUCGAGGAGCACAAGACGCAGCUCACGCCGUACGGCAUCGCGCAGCUGCGCCAGACGCUCCCUGCCGGCACGCUUUCCGUGCUCUUCCGCAACUCUCAUCUCUCUGUAAUUUACCGCCGGCGGUCGAACGAAGGCGAAGGCGGCUCGCCGGAGCUCUUUACGCUCGUCACCGAUGCCGGUUUCCUGAUGGAGGACCGGAUCGUGUGGGAGAGUCUGCAAGACCCCCGCGGCGAGUACAACAACUACUUUGACUCGCACUUUGUCUAUGCACCCUACACCGGCAGUGCGCGCCGCCGUGGCCAAGACGCGGGCGCGGACAGCGACUACCAGCUUGCGCUCGAGCUGCAGAAGCAGGAGCGGAGCCGUGCGCUGGCGGCGCGUCGUGCGUAUCGCGAGCGCACCUCUCAGCGCCCGCAAGACGAUUACUCGGGCAGCACCAACGACAACGCGCCGCCCUAUCCGGGCUCGAGCAACCCUCUGAAAAAGAUGUUCUCCAAGCUCAAGCGCAACAAGUAG